CACCAGUUAACAUAUUGAUAUUGUUAACGCUACAUACGCUAAUUGGCUUUGCAAAACCAUAGACCUUUCUUGUACACCCAUUGGCUUGGUUUUCAAGGCUCUUCGAUAGCACCCUGUACAGUAACACCAUGUAGUCUUACAAAUCCCCUUUGCCCUCUUUAAUACAGUAAUCACAUGUUAAGAUAUGAGGAUCGUGUUAUAGCCAAUAACCCUUUUGGAUUUUAUUUUGUUACGUGUUGUUUUGGAGUGUUGAUGAAACGUGCAUACGGAUGGACUAAUUGUAUCUUCCAGGGCAAUGAAUAUCUCAACAUCAGGCAUACUCCGGCUCAACCGCAGUGCAACAUAUGCUCGGAGCAUCAAUGCUUCAGUGAGCAGGAAGAGUUUCUGUUUGGCUGCUGACAGCAAGAUCCUUGAAAAAAGCUCUGUUCAAACACCGAAACACACAAUUCAGGUCUUGGAUGAGAAUGGCAAGGAUGUCACACCACGGCCUGUGUACCAGCCAGACCCAGCGGCCGUGCAAUCUAAACAUAGUAAGAUCUUUGCCAGCGACACCUCUGGCGGCACCAUGUCAGACUUUUACUCUACCACAUACCAGACAACAACCAACGCUAGUUUUGCUGGAGCCUUUACCAGGUCAUUGUUUGGAAGCGGCUCAGUGUCCAUAGGAAGCCAGUCCAUAAUGGAAUCGAUGUCUGAAGAGAUUGAAGACCCGUCUUCCAAAAGGGACAACUCCAUCAGUCUCUCAGAUGUCCAGGUGAAGAGAGAGGAGGUGAAGGAGUUGAUACAGGAAGAGAUGUUGGAUGACAUGGUGGAUCUGUACCUUGUUGAGUCGGACACUCUGUGCCUACUGGACAUGCCGGCGAUCUCUGUGUCCGUUGACUCUAUGGAAGCUGAAUCUGUCAAAGAGAGGAACAGUCGGUACACAGAACUCUGCAAGAACCGAACGGGGAACGAUAAGUACAUGGGGCGUUCCAUGCAGACAUUCAACGGCGCCUCAAAGACCAAGGAGGUCCAGAGUGAAGCCAUCACCAUGGCGGACGCAGCUACCAUCGCCAACAACUGGGACAUGUAUGACUCGUUCUGUAGCGCUGGGCAAGGAGAGGUUGACUUGUCCACAGACACAGACAAGGCUAGCAUCGCUGAGAUGAUCCACCAGAACCAUGGACCCACCAGAACCAUGGAGAGAACCAUGUCUGUAAUCAGCAGCAGUACAAUAGUGAGCAGCUCUAGCUCGCGAAUGGAGAUGGAGCCUUUUGUUGUCCCGUCAGAGAGCAAACCGGACCCAGAGCUGAUUCUUCAGUCAGAGGAGUUCCAGCAACAUCUGUUUGUAAUGGAAAGGAUCAUUUUGGAGAACAUCUACCAGCCAAAGUUGGCUGCAUACAGACAGCUCCCCACGCUGGAAGACCCUGACAGCAUGCCCAAAGCUGUUCCAAUGGUGGUGAGUAGGAGAGAGGAGAGUUCCCUGGAUGAGGAGGGCCCUCCAACCCCAGCCCUGGAGCGCCUCUGGUCCUUCAGCUGUGAGCUGACCACAGGACGAAAUGUCAGCAGCAUGGCCUGGAACAAAAGAAACCCAGACCUUCUGGCUGUGGGGUAUGGACAGUUUGCUUUUAAAGACCAGAAACCAGGCCUGGUCUGCUGCUGGUCUCUGAAGAACCCCUCGUGGCCUGAGAGGAUCUUCACUUGUCAGAGUGGAGUGACUGCUCUGGACUUUUCGGCUAGCAGUGCCAGCAUGCUAGCUGUUGGGAUGCAUGACGGCACCAUAGCCACCUACAACGUCCAGAGCAGAGAGAAGACACCAGUCAUAGACAGCAGUGACUGUGUCCACAAGCACACUAGCCCAGUGUGGCAGGUGAGGUGGAUAAACCAUGAGAGGGCUCUGUCAGGGGAAGAUAAGGGAGAAGCACUGAUCUCUGUGUCUGCAGAUGGCCGAAUCAGCAAGUGGUUCCUGCGAAAAGGCCUUGACUGCAUAGACCUGAUGAAACUAAAGAGAACCAGGAAUGACAGAUUUAAGAGGCAGGUUGGAGAGAAGGAAAGAAAGAGCGAGGCAUUGAUAUCGCGCCAGGCACCAGGGCUCUGUUUCGACUUCCAUCCAACGGACUCCAACAUCUACCUGGCAGGUACAGAGGAAGGCCACAUCCACAAAUGUUCCUGUUCCUACAAUGAGCAGUUCCUUGAAACAUACCAAGCACACAAGGGUCCUCUCUACAGGAUUACAUGGUCUCCAUUCUGCUCUGACGUCUUUCUAAGCUGCUCUUCUGAUUGGACAAUCCAGCUGUGGCGGCAGGAUCUGUUCACUCCUGUGUUGGGCUUCAUGUCCACCCAGAGGGCGGUCUAUGACGUCAUGUGGUCCCCUAAGUGGGCCACUGUGUUUGGGGCAGUCAACGAGGGACGCAUGGAGAUCUGGGACCUGGGAGCCAGCAUCCUGGACCCCACCAUUGUGAACCCGGCCAGUCCAGGGGUAAAGUUAACCUCCCUGCUGUUUGCUACUGAGACAGACUGUGUCCUGGUGGGGGACAGUGAUGGACAGGUCAGCGUCUACCAGCUUAAGAACUUCACUGCAGGAGAGGGAACUCAGGUCGGCACAUUAGAGGACAUCAUCGGCUCCACCUUGGCCAGUCAGCUGUGAAAGGGUACACAUCUUUGCCAUAGGUGUAGGGUAGAAGGAAACACUGGGUCUGUGUGUGUCUAGAAUUACGUUAUGUUUGGUCCCCAAGGAAGUGGGAGACAGGACGUCUCCAUUUUACAACCUCCAAUGAGAUUAGUGAAGAGUAUGUCUGCAGACAGAAGGCGUCUUGGCCUCUUUUGGUUUUAUAUUGAAAAUAAAAAUGUCUGAAAAACAUA